AUGGAUUUGCCUGGACAGCAGGCACGACUUCUGGAACUGUCCAACACGCAUGCGCCGAACCUGCCAGUCGUAUUGCUGGUCUUUUCAGCCAGUCCUGUCAACAUUAGCCGGGCGGUCAAUUCUACACAGGUGCGCUCAAUACUGUGGCUGGGAUUUCCGGGUCAGCAGGCUGGCAGCAUUGUGGCCAGAGUCCUCCUUGGUGGCCCUGAUGCCUCGGUAACGCCUGUUGACGCUGAAGGUGAGGUUGAUGGUUUCGUUCCAGAACAAGCAAGUCAGCAUGACAAGGACGGUUACUGGUGGAUUCCGGCAGGUCGACUACCUUUUACCUGGUAUCGCAGCCUUGACGGAUUAGCGGAUAUCACAACCUACAAGAUGACUAACCAGACCUACCGAUUCAAUAUGUUUUCGGUUUGCAAAAACCUCUCCAACAUAACUGAACCUUGUAUUCAAGUUGAAUUCCCCUUUGGUUAUGGGUUGAGCUACAACAGACAACCAAUUGGCGGUCCUUCCUUCAUCUACCGCAACAUGGACGUGCCGGCGCUCACAGUAGCCUCAACGGUGGGAUUCACUUUCACGGUGGAAGUUGUAAAUCAGGGUAUCCUGGCCUGUGAUGAGGUGGUUCAGGUUUACAUGGACUGGCUAACGCUGUUUAACACGUCGGCCAGCAGUAACUUUGGAGGAAAGUACGCAGCCGCCUACCGCCAGUUGGUCGGUUUCCAGAGAGUGUCCCUCUUUCCCGGACCCUGCGGUGCUCCGAUCCCGGCUGAGGGUAAAAUUCAACUCACUGUUAGUGGUCAGCAGCCCUACCAACAGCGGUCGACUGACUCCAACGUAAUAACCGCCUUCCUGACGGUUGUAGCAAAGUAG